UGGAAUGUGGCGUGAGGGGAGGGGGCUGCCUGCUACGGACCAGCAUGAAAUUGGCCUCAAGCUCUGGGGUCCUUCUUGGGGCGGUGGGGAAGGGGAGCCAGGACUCUUCCUCUGGUGAGAAGGUGAGUAGAAGGGUGCGGCUCAGCGCCUCCCCCAGCCCCCACUGCCAGAAAAUCCCCCAGCACAGACCCCCCUGCCCGCAGGGCUUGGAGCAGCAUGGGCAAAGAAUGGGGUUUGAGUGCAGGAGGUCUGGGCCCCCAACCUGGUGGCCGUUGGAUCCCCUGUGGAUGCAGGAAGGAAGCUGUGGUCCUUAUCUACGGUGGCUAUGAAACUCAGGCCAAGGGGGAACCAGGCUUGCAGGACUGGCACUGCCGUGUUAGUGCUGCUGGGGCCCUGUCGGAAGGGACAGUUGGGUCCGUGCCCAAUUGGCUAAAUGUCCUGAGAGGGGGGGAGGUGUGAUGAUGGAAACAGAGGUUGGAGCGAUGCCAUUGCUGGCUUUGAAGAGGGAGAGGGGCCCUCGAGCCAAAGAAAACAGGUGGUUUCUAGAAGCUGGAGAGAAGGCAAGGAAAUGGGUUUUUGCCCAGAGCCCCCUGAAGGACCAGCCCUGCAAAACCUUGAUUUCAGCCCAGUGAGACUCAUUUCAGAUUACUGUCCUCCCGAACUAUUAAGAUUAUAAAUUUGUUAUUGUAAGCACAAGAAAAAGUGCUGUAGCGAGGGGGCCAUGGGCUGUGUGUCCCAGGCAGGGGAGAUGGUCCAGGGAGAUCAAAACAGCCUGUUGAGUGGGCGAGUGGCGCCCAGGAUCAGUUAAGUGGUGGGCAUGGCCCACGUGGUUAAAAAGGAUCACCUGGAAUUUAGGAACGGGAGGGAUAGAGGAGCUCCUGGGAACAGCUGUGUUGCCUCCAAACGGAGCCUCGGUUGAUUUUAAGCAGGGAUCACUGUGUCCGGUUUGCAUGUGCUGUGAUGGUGCGGGACUGGGUCACCUGUCCUGGAGAGGACACAUCUGGGGCCAGAGCAGGCUGGGGCCAGAGCUUCUGGGUUCUGCCCCAGCCUUUAGCCCUCAGCCUCCAUCCAUUGUGGGGGAGGAUGCCCUGGACCCACUGGAUGGAGCUGACCCUGAGUAGCAGCCCAGCUGAGCUCACUCUGGAUCCUGCCUGCCAGCUAGAGCUGACCCUGAGCUCCACAUGCCAUCCAGAGAUGACCCUCAGUCGUGGCUCGACUGAGCUGACCUUGGAUCCCGCACUCCAGCCAGAGGAGACCCCCACCCCCAGCCUGGCUGAGCUGACCCUGGAGCCUGUGCAUCGCCGACCCGAGCUCCUGGAUGCCUGUGCCGACCUCAUCAAUGAGCAGUGGCCCCGCAGCCACGCCUCCCGCUUGCACUCCUUGGGCCAGUCCUCAGACAACUUCCCCCUCUGCCUCAUGCUGCUGAGCCCCCACCCUGUGCCAGGGAAGGCUCCCAUUGUGGUGGGGCAUGCCCGCCUGUCGCGGGUGCUAGACCGGCCCCAGAGCCUCCUGGUGGAGACCGUGGUGGUGGCCCGGGCCCUAAGGGGCCGUGGCUUUGGCCGCUGCCUCAUGGAGGGCCUCGAGGUCUUUGCUCAGGCCCGGGGCUUCCGCCGGUUACACCUCACCACCCACGACCAGCUGCACUUCUAUGCCCACCUUGGCUACCGGCUGGGUGAGCCUGUCCAGGGCCUGGUCUUCACCAGCCAGCGACUGCCUGCCGCUCUGCUCAGUGCCUUCCCCAGGGUCCCUUCCCCAUGGCCACCCUCCAAGACCCCUAGCCUGACUGCCCAAGCUGCCUCGAGAGCCCCCAGAGGGCCGUCAUUGCCGCCACCCCCUCCGCUGCCUAAGCCCUCGACCGCCUCCCCGCCCGCUCCACAAAGCCUGCUAGAGACACAGUACCACGACCUGAGAGGACGGCCCAUAUUCUGGAUGCAGAAGGAUAUCUGAGGGCCGUCUAGGGCAAGGCACUGUCUUUCUGGUUCAGUGGACUCCCCAAGACAGUCCCAGCCUCAGCCCCUGGCCCCGGGGCGCAGCUCUAGCUCGGCCAGGUCUCCCGAGUGCCAGUGGGGCCGGGCGACAACGGCUCCCUCCCUGGCUGUGCCUCUGAGCUGUCUGAAUAAAGGCUUCUGUUGGGUGUGG